CAAAACGGAUCACUUUUUAUGGUCGUCCACUUGAACAAUGAGGAAACACGUAGUAGGCCUUAUGCUAAUUUAACAGAAGUUGAUAUCAGACAUGAAGAGUCUACGACAACUACAGAUAAUAAAAAGAGCUAUGAAUCAAAUGAAGACAAUGCCAGUGAUUUUAUUGAAGAUUUGUUUGAUUUAUUGCCUGAAGCGGCAGAAGAACAACAGCUACAGAAUGUCGACGUGCUGUUUGACAUAGCUCCAGAUUUGGUAGAAAAUGUUGCCAUUGUAGUUGAACAAGUCAACCCAAUAGAAGUAGCGCCAACAGAGGAACACCAGCAGAUGAGACAGCAGAGUCGAACUUAG